AUGGCUUCCAGCUUUGCUUCCAAGCGGCUGGCCAAAGAGUUGUCCAAGCUCAACUCUGGCCUGCCUCCCGGUAUCGAGCUCAUCUCGGCCGACAACUUCGAAGAAUGGAUCAUGGACAUCAAAGUCUUGGACGACAACCCGCUGUAUAAAGACCAGGUUUACAGGCUGAAAUUCAAGUUCUCCCAACAAUAUCCCAUAGGUAUGCCUCUCAGCGCAUACCAGCUCCUCAGUACCUCCCCAAGUAACAUAAUCUGGUCUAUAGAACCCCCAGAGGUCACCUUCGUCAAGACCACCGAGCGACCGAUUCCCAUGCACCCUCAUAUCUACUCCAAUGGCAUCAUCUGUCUCGAUUUGCUCGGCAGCCAAGGCUGGAGUCCCGUACAGAACGUCGAGAGCGUCUGCAUGAGUAUACAGAGCAUGUUAACAGGCAACGAAAAGAACGAGCGGCCGGCGGGAGAUGACGAGUUCGUUCGGAGCAAUCGCUUGCGCCCUAGAGAUAUUGACUUCUACUAUCACGAUAACACCGUUUGA